CUCCUUUCAAGCCACCUCGAAAUCUGAGAACUUCUGAUUCAACUAUGUCGAGCUUCCGAGUAACCUGGGAGCCAGCCCCAGGGCGAGUGAAGGGGUACAAAGUAACUUUCCACCCUACUGAAGAUGACGGGAGCCUUGGAGAGUUAAUAGUGGGGCCAUACGACAGCACAGUGGUAUUGGAGGAACUUAGGGCAGGAACUACCUAUAAGGUAAAUGUUUUUGGAAUGUUUGAAGGAGGAGAGAGCAACCCCCUGGUUGGACAAGAGAUGACCACCCUUUCAGAUACUACUUCGGAGCCAUUUUUAUCUAGAGGUUUAGAAUGUAGAACCAGAGCAGAAGCUGAUAUUGUGCUGCUGGUGGACGGCUCAUGGAGUAUCGGGCGGCCAAAUUUUAAAACUGUCAGGAGCUUCAUUUCCCGUAUUGUUGAGGUUUUUGAUAUUGGUCCUGACAAGGUACAGAUUGGUCUUGCACAGUAUAGUGGAGAUCCCAGGACAGAAUGGAAUCUCAAUGCUUACCAAACCAAACAGGCUUUGUUAGAGGCUGUAGCCAACUUACCCUACAAAGGAGGCAAUACUCUAACAGGAAUGGCCUUGGAUUUCAUCUUAAAAAACAACUUCAAACAAGAUGCAGGCUUAAGGCCCAGAGCUCGCAAAAUCGGUGUUCUCAUCACUGAUGGCAAAUCGCAAGAUGACGUAGUCACCCCUUCAAGAAGACUCAGGGAUGACGGAGUGGAACUUUAUGCAAUUGGUAUUAAAAAUGCGGAUGAAAAUGAGUUGAAGCAAAUUGCAACAGAUCCAGAUGACAUCCAUGCUUACAAUGUUGCGGAUUUCUCCUUCCUGGCUAGCAUUGUUGAGGAUGUAACCACAAAUCUGUGUAACAGUGUGAAAGGACCAGGUGAUCUACCACCUCCCUCUAACUUAGUUAUUUCAGAAGUGACACCUCGUUCUUUCAGACUGAGAUGGACUCCACCUCCUGAGAGUGUUGAUAGAUACAGAGUUGAAUAUUACCCUACCUCUGGAGGUAGCCCUCAACAGUUCUAUGUAAGCAGGAUGGAAACGACGACAGUUCUGAAAGAUCUGCAACCUGAAACAGAAUAUGUUGUUAAUGUGUUUUCUGUGGUAGAAGAUGAAAGCAGUGAACCUCUAAUUGGCAGAGAAACAACUUUGCCAAUCUCUUCAGUUAGAAACCUGAAUGUUUAUGACAUUGGAUCAACUUACAUGCGGGUGAGAUGGGAACCUCUCAAUGGAGCUACUGGUUAUUUGUUAACAUAUGAAGCUGUGAAUGCCACAGUCCCUACCACGGAGAAAGAGAUGCGUGUUGGACCGUCAGUGAAUGAGGUUCAGCUGGUAGAUCUCAUCCCCAAUACUGAGUACACUUUAACAGCUUAUGUAUUGUUUGGUGAUAUCACCAGUGACCCACUCACCACCCAGGAAGUGACAUUACCUUUGCCGGGACCCAGAGGCCUAACACUGCAGGAUGUUACUCACAGCAGCAUGAAUGUCCUUUGGGAUCCUGCUCCAGGGAAAGUUCGAAAAUACAUCCUGAGAUACAAAAUAGCUGAUGAAGCUGAUGUAAAGGAGGUGGAAAUUGACAGACUCAAAACCAGCACUACUCUCUCUGACCUUUCCUCCCAAACACUGUAUAAUGUAAAAAUUGUUGCUGUGUAUGAUGAAGGGGAAUCCCUACCAAUAAAUGCAGAAGCUGUCACCCAGCCGGUGCCAGCACCAGUCAAUCUCAGAAUCACAGAUGUAACCACAAGUAGUUUCAGAGGAACUUGGGAUCAUGGAGCUCCGGAUGUCUCUCUAUAUAGAAUAACCUGGGGACCCUAUGGAAGACCGGAAAAACAAGAGACUAUCUUAAAUGGGGAUGAGAAUAGUGUGGUCUUUGAAAAUUUGAACCCAGACACGUUAUAUGACAUCUCAGUUACUGCCAUCUAUCCUGAUGAAUCAGAAAGUGAUGACCUCAUUGGCAGUGAACGAACACUGCCCUUGGUACCUAUCACCACACAAGCCCCAAAGAGUGGCCCACGAAACCUUCAGGUGUACAAUGCAACUUCACACAGUUUGACUGUGAAGUGGGAUCCUGCCAGUGGUCGAGUGCAGAGAUACAGGAUCAUUUACCAGCCUAUCAGUGGGGAUGGCCCUGAACAGUCGACUAUGGUUGGAGGGCGGCAGAACAGCGUGGUGAUACAGAAGCUGCAGCCUGACACACCGUAUGCUAUUACUGUGUCAUCGAUAUAUGCAGAUGGUGAAGGGGGACGAAUGACAGGACGAGGCAGAACCAAGCCUCUCACUACUGUGAGGAACUUGUUGGUUUAUGACCCAACCACCAGUACUCUGAAUGUCCGAUGGGAUCAUGCGGAAGGAAGUCCUCGCCAGUAUAAGGUGUUUUAUAGACCUACAGCUGGAGGUGCAGAAGAAAUGACAACAGUACCAGGAAACACAAACUAUGUCAUCCUCAGGACUCUUGAACCCAACACGCCUUACACUGUAACUGUGGUUCCAGUUUUCCCAGAGGGGGAUGGUGGACGUACCUCUGACACUGGAAGAACUUUGGAGAGAGGAACACCAAGAAACAUUCAGGUUUACAAUCCCACACCAAACAGCAUGAAUGUCCGAUGGGAACCUGCUCCAGGUCCAGUGCAGCAAUACAGAGUUAAUUACUCUCCACUGUCUGGCCCAAGGCCAUCAGAAUCUAUUGUGGUACCAGGCAACACUCGUGAUGUGAUGCUGGAGCGCUUGACUCCUGACACUGCUUACUCAAUAAAUGUUGUAGCUCUGUAUGCCGAUGGAGAAGGAAAUCCAAGCCAAGCACAGGGAAGAACAUUGCCUCGCAGUGGCCCAAGGAAUGUGAGAGUGUUCGAUGAGACCACAAACAGCCUUUCUGUGCAAUGGGACCAUGCUGAUGGGCCAGUCCAGCAGUACAGAAUCAUUUAUUCACCCACUGUGGGAGACCCUAUUGAUGAAUAUACAACAGUUCCUGGGAUAAGAAAUAAUGUCAUACUACAACCACUUCAAUCAGAUACGCCAUAUAAAAUUACCGUUGUGGCUGUGUACGAAGAUGGAGAUGGUGGGCAACUGACUGGAAAUGGCAGAACUGUUGGCCUGCUUCCUCCUCAGAAUAUGUAUAUAACUGAUGAAUGGUAUACACGAUUCAGAGUUUCCUGGGAUCCUUCACCAUCCCCUGUUCUUGGCUAUAAAAUUGUGUACAAACCUGUGGGUUCAAAUGACCCCAUGGAAGUUUUUGUGGGAGAAGUGACUUCCUAUACCUUGCAUAAUCUAUCUCCCAGUACUACUUACGAUGUCAAUGUUUAUGCCCAGUAUGAUGCUGGAAUGAGCAUACCUUUGACAGAUCAAGGCACUACAUUGUAUUUGAAUGUCACUGACCUAACAAGUUACAAAGUGGGUUGGGAUACUUUCUGUAUCCGAUGGUCACCUCAUCGGUCAGCAACUUCCUACAGACUGAAGCUAAACCCAGCCGAUGGUUCCAGAGGGCAGGAAAUUACAGUACGUGGAUCAGAAACGAGCCACUGUUUUACUGGCCUCUCACCAGACACCGAAUACAAUGCUACCGUCUUUGUUCAGACCCCUAACCUUGAGGGACCUCCAGUCUCUAUGAGGGAGCAUACAGUCCUCAAACCUACAGAAGCGCCUACUCCGCCACCUACACCUCCUCCACCUCCCACGAUUCCUCCAGCUCGGGAUGUAUGCAGAGGUGCCAAAGCAGACAUAGUGUUCUUGACUGAUGCUUCCUGGAGUAUUGGUGAUGAUAACUUCAACAAAGUAGUGAAAUUUGUUUUUAAUACAGUAGGAGCCUUUGACCUGAUUAAUCCUGCUGGAAUCCAGGUUUCAUUUGUGCAGUACAGUGAUGAGGCAAAAUCUGAAUUUAAACUGAAUACAUUUGAUGACAAGGCCCAGGCCCUGGGAGCUCUUCAAAAUAUUCAGUACAGAGGAGGAAACACAAGGACAGGCAAAGCCCUAACAUUUAUCAAAGAAAAAGUUUUGACUUGGGAGAGUGGCAUGAGGCGAGGUGUUCCCAAGGUACUUGUUGUUGUCACAGAUGGUCGGUCUCAGGAUGAGGUGAGGAAAGCAGCAACAGUCAUACAGCACUCUGGCUUCAGUGUCUUUGUGGUUGGUGUGGCUGAUGUAGAUUACAAUGAGCUGGCCAAGAUUGCCAGCAAGCCCAGUGAGCGUCAUGUAUUUAUUGUUGAUGACUUUGAUGCCUUUGAAAAGAUUCAAGAUAACCUCGUCACCUUUGUGUGUGAGACAGCUACCUCAACUUGUCCUCUUAUUUACUUGGAGGGAUACACUUCACCUGGUUUCAAGAUGCUGGAAUCAUAUAAUCUAACAGAGAAGCAUUUUGCUUCUGUACAAGGUGUAUCACUGGAAUCAGGCUCUUUCCCAAGCUAUGUAGCAUAUAGACUCCACAAAAAUGCCUUUGUCAGCCAGCCAAUACGGGAGAUUCACCCAGAGGGAUUACCACAGGCAUACACUAUCAUUCUGUUAUUCCGUCUUCUGCCCGAGUCCCCCAACGAGCCUUUUGCGAUCUGGCAGAUUACAGACAGAGAUUACAAACCACAAGUUGGAGUUGUGCUUGAUCCUGCCAACAAAGUGCUGUCAUUCUUCAACAAAGAUACAAGGGGAGAGGUCCAAACUGUAACUUUUGAUAACGAUGAAGUAAAGAAAAUCUUUUAUGGAAGCUUCCACAAGGUCCAUAUUGUUGUAGCUUCAUCAAACGUUAAGAUUUACAUUGACUGCAAUGAAAUACUGGAAAAACCAAUUAAGGAGGCUGGGAACAUCACAACUGAUGGCUAUGAAAUACUUGGGAAACUUCUGAAAGGCGAUCGGAGAUCAGCAACAUUAGAAAUCCAGAAUUUUGACAUUGUUUGCAGUCCAGUUUGGACUAGCAGAGACAGAUGUUGUGAUCUUCCUUCUAUGAGAGAUGAAGCAAAAUGCCCAGCUCUUCCAAAUGCUUGUACCUGUACUCAAGACAGCGUCGGACCUCCAGGACCCCCUGGACCAGCUGGUGGCCCAGGCGCAAAAGGUCCCAGAGGUGAAAGGGGUUUGACUGGAUCAUCUGGGCCACCUGGUCCUCGUGGUGAGACAGGUCCUCCUGGCCCUCAAGGUCCCCCAGGUCCCCAGGGCCCCAAUGGGCUGUCAAUCCCAGGAGAACCGGGUCGUCAAGGAUUGAAAGGUGAUUCUGGCCAGCCUGGACUUCCAGGGCGAUCAGGAACCCCGGGUUUACCUGGUCCACCUGGCCCAGUGGGACCUCCAGGAGAAAGGGGUUUCACAGGAAAAGAUGGUCCCACAGGUCCCAGAGGCCCACCAGGACCAGCGGGUGCCCCAGGAGUUCCAGGAGUUGCUGGCCCAAGCGGAAAACCAGGGAAGCCAGGAGAUCGUGGGACACCAGGUGCACCUGGAAUGAAAGGAGAAAAAGGUGACAGAGGUGACAUUGCUUCUCAGAACAUGAUGCGAGCAGUUGCAAGACAAGUUUGUGAACAACUGAUAAAUGGUCAAAUGAGCCGGUUCAAUCAAAUGCUGAAUCAAAUCCCGAAUGAUUAUUAUUCAAACCGUAACCAGCCAGGGCCACCAGGACCACCUGGUCCCCCAGGAGCUGCUGGUACAAGAGGAGAGCCUGGACCUGGAGGAAGACCAGGGUUCCCAGGACCUCCAGGGGUCCAAGGACCACCCGGUGAAAGAGGAAUGCCUGGAGAGAAAGGUGAAAGAGGGACUGGAUCUCAAGGACCACGAGGUUUGCCAGGACCACCUGGUCCACAGGGAGAAUCUAGAACUGGUCCACCAGGCUCCACAGGAUCACGAGGACCACCAGGGCCACCAGGUCGUCCUGGAAAUGCAGGUAUUCGAGGACCCCCAGGGCCACCAGGAUAUUGCGAUUCGUCCCAGUGUGCUAGCAUCCCUUACAAUGGCCAAGGAUUCCCAGAGCCAUACGUGCCUGAAAGUGGACCCUAUCAACCUGAAGGUGAACCCUUUGUAGUCCCUAUGGAGUCAGAAAGGAGAGAGGACGAGUAUGAGGACUAUGGAGUUGAAAUGCAUUCACCAGAAUACCCUGAGCACAUGCGCUGGAAACGAUCGCUGUCAAGGAAAGCAAAAACAAAACCAUAAAAGAUCUGUGUCUUGUUUUGGUUUUUUUGGUUGGUGGGUUUUGUUUUUGCUAUGCUUGCAUUUGCAGAUACUCACAGGGAGAGCGCAGAAUUUCUUUUCCAGUAUAGCUUUCUGGUCUUUUCAUAUCAGACUCACCUCUGUGUUGUAUCGUGCUUAUGUGGGGAUAGCAAUGUGUGUACCUAGAGACUUCAUAUUGCUCCGGAAAUGCUUGUAAAAUACUUUUGCUUACAGUGGCUGCAUACAGGUUAAUAUGUGCAUUCAGUUAUCCUAGUGCUGCCUUUUCAUUAAAAUAAUGU